CUUUACGGCAAACAGCUGACCAACCGGAAGAGGCGCAGACAGAGCAAAGUGCGCAUUAAAGAUCAGAGACGGUGGGAUUGAUCGAUUUGGAUCAAUAUUUAAUGCCAGAACCGUGUAGAAUCAGAUGAGGACGGAGAUGAACCGAUCAGGCGCAGAGCUGAGGAUCCGCUUUAGUCCGGGGCACGUGCAGCUGGUUCAGGAGGAGGUGGUCCCAUCUCCAAAGGUCCUGGUUACCGGGGCAACAGGUCUUCUGGGUCGGGCCAUGUGCAAAGAGUUUCAGAACGGCGGCUGGCUGGUCAUCGGGACUGGAUACAGGAGAGCUAGGCCCCGCCUCCUCCGCUGUGACCUCACUGAUGAGGAAGCGGUCAGAGGACUAUUGCAUGAGUACAAGCCUGACGUGAUCGUCCACUGUGCCGCUGAGAGACGUCCAGAUGUUGUGGAGAGACACACAGAGGCAGCUGUCAAUCUGAACGUGCACGCCACGAGCACGCUCGCCAAAGAGGCAGCUGUGUGUGGAGCUCUGUUCAUCUACAUCAGCACCGACUACGUGUUCGACGGCAGGAAUCCUCCGUACGGAGAAGACGACUCUCCCAAUCCUCUGAACGUCUACGGACGAAGCAAACUGGAGGGGGAAAGGGAGACGCUGAGACACUGUCCAGGUGCAGUGGUGCUGCGAGUGCCCGUUCUCUUCGGGGAGGUGGAGUCGGUGGCAGAAAGCGCUGUGACGUCUCUGUGGUUGAAAGUUCAGGAGGCGACGGAGGAGAGCUGCACCCUGGAUCACUGCCUGCAGAGGUUCCCUACCGACGCACGGGACGUAGCCGCCGUCUGCCGGAAACUGUCUGAGAGAGCAAGACAGGACUCGUCCAUCAGAGGAAUCUUCCAUUUCUCUGGUAAAGAACAGAUGACCAAGUAUGAGAUGGCAGUAGCCAUCGCCCAGUCCUUCAGCCUGCCGUCCAAUCACCUGAUACCUCUGACAGAGCAGCCGGCGGCCUCAACUCUUCGUCCAAUCAACAGCCAGCUGAACUGUUCUCGUCUGGAGCUGCUGAACCUGAGCGUGGAGCCGCGACCGUUCGCUUCCGCCAUCACCGACUGUCUGUGGCCAUUCACGCCGGACAAACGCUGGAGACAGACGGUUUUCCACUAAGACACAGACAGGUGGUCUAGAUGUUCAUGUACGUUUAACCUGUUGAUGUAUUGAAGUUACGUCUUGGUUCCCUGAGUUCCGUCUGCAGGUAUCUGCGGAUGUUAUCAAAGUAAAACUUGUUAGUUGACGAUGUGUGGAAUCUGGAUGACAAACUGAGACCAGGUUAAUAUAAAAUAUUCACUGUGCACCUCGCUGUUAUGUAUAUUAUUAUCGUACUAUUUUCUGUAUCGUAUGUGUUCGGUUUUAUCAUCUCUUACAUCAGAGGUCGCUGGUUUAAAUCUGCUUUGUGAAAAACAUUUGAUCUGUCAAAUUAGAAUCAAACCAAAUAAUAAAUAUUCAACAGAAAUAGAAAGUUGAGACUAAAUAAAAGUUACUGAAUCAAAAUAUGAUUGUAAAGUCACCAUUCAAACAAAAGGUUUGUGUGAUCAUGUGAAACGUUUGUUUUGUUUUUUGACAGUAGUUUUGGACUGAAGCACUCAUUCCACAUAAAAACACAUUAGCUUCAGCUAGCGUCAGUGACUGUUUCUAAUCAUCACUUUAAAAACUGAUUUUACGAAUAAAAGGAACAUUUUGAAAGUAAUUCGUAGACAUGAUUAAGACCUACGGUGUUCUGUGGAGGAACCGAGCUGUUUUCAGAACGACGUCUGAUGUGAAGGUUGAAGGUUCAACAUGCGAUUCUGCUGUUUGACUGUAAAUUAACAUUAAAAAUGGGAAAACUGAA